AUGCCCCACGAAAGCCGUGGUGCGGGAAAGUUCAUGAUUUUACCGGAAUUCGAAGAAGCACUACCGGAUGAAGCUCGGGCGCAAGUGGCAGAAGUUAAAGCGGAUGGGAAUUUGAGUCGCCAUGAGAAGCAUGACAAGAUUAUGACAAUCCUCGAUGGUCUUUCUGAGGAGGAUCGGGCUCGACUACCAGCUCCGCCAUUGCCACCAUGGGUACAUCAUCUGGAUGAUGGUGAUCGGGAACGUUUUGAAGCCAUUCAUAAGGACUCUUCCCUGGGCUUCCGCGAGCGUCGCGACAAAGAAAAGGAAUUUUUGGAAAGCCUCCCGGAAGAAGUUCGUGAAAAGAUGCGUCGGGCUCGGAGCCAAAGUCGCGGCCGUAUGAGAGGAUGCUGGAAACGCCAUCAAGAGCAGAAUCAA